CUUUUUUUUUUAUCUCUAAAUAUAAGUUUGAUUCCUGAAUGGAGACGCGGACUGACAUCCUCUGACAGUCCGUGUGUACGGAGGGAGUCACACGCUGUUGGUGUUACAUGUGUCCCGGAGCAGAUAGUCUGCUUCUCAGAGGCAGGACGAGUCCAAAUAAACCAUAAUGACUUGAUACCUCUAGAAAUCCCACACAGGUCUAGACCGGUGAAGACGGUGUUAGAGCAUCGGACAAAACACUCCACUGUGCACCAGAGAGCUUGGUGACAUUCAUCAGAAAACCACCCAGCUUCUAAAAAACUAUCACGGCUAAUAGGGGGGAAAACACGAGCGCCAUUUCCGGGUUCGUGACAUCGGCUAUAGUGGAGCGGGACGUCGGUGUGAGGGGCGGCGGAGGAGCAGCGGUGUCGGUUUCCAUACCCGGGCUGGUGGAGGACAGCAUGGCUGCGGGGAAGGGAGCAGGGAAGCCCGCCUCGCUGUGGGACAACAUGCGGAUACGCUUCAUCGUCUGCUUCAUCGGAGUGUUCGUGUGUUACUUUUAUUACGGCAUAUUACAAGAGACCAUCACCCGAGGGGAUUAUGGCGAAGGAGAAAAGAAGGAGAAGUUCAUAUUCGCAAGGACAUUGGUCUUCAUCCAGUGCAUCAUCAAUUCGCUGUUUGCUAAGAUCUUGAUCCAGUUUUUUGAGCCUUCAAAACAAGAUCACACCAAGAACUGGCUCUAUAUACUGUGUUCCCUGUCUUAUCUUGGAGCCAUGGUGUCCAGUAACUCUGCCCUUCAGUAUGUUAACUAUCCCACACAGGUAUUGGGAAAAUCCUGCAAGCCCAUACCAGUGAUGAUCCUUGGAGUUACGAUACUGAGGAAGAAGUACCCGCUGGCUAAGUACCUGUGUGUGCUGCUGAUCGUGAGCGGCGUUGCUCUGUUCCUCUACAAACCCAACAAGAGCUCAGCUGUGGCAGAUGACCACGCGUUUGGCUUUGGAGAGAUUCUGCUGCUGGUCUCAUUGACAUUGGACGGUUUGACUGGUGUGGCCCAGGACCACAUGAGGGCUCGCUUCCAGGCGAGUGCCAACCACAUGAUGCUGAACAUCAACAUGUGGUCCACCCUGGUGCUGGGACUAGCUGUGUUGUGGACCGGGGAGAUCUGGGAUUUCCUGAGUUUCACUGAACGUCACCCCAGCAUCUUCUACAAUAUUCUCCUGUUUGGACUCACCAGUGCUUUAGGGCAGACCUUCAUCUUUAUGACGGUGGUGUACUUCGGGCCUCUGACCUGCUCCAUCGUCACCACCACGAGGAAGUUCUUCACAAUCCUUGGCUCCGUUCUUCUGUUUGGCAACGUCAUGUCUACUAUGCAGUGGGUCGGCACCAUCCUAGUUUUCCUCGGUCUUGGAUUUGAUGCUAAAUUUGGCAAGGGCCCAAAGAAGACGACGCACUAACACAUCUGGAACGCAGAGAGAGACAGAAACAUUGCAGAAGAAAUGCAGACACUUUCGAGCCAGUAUCUUUAUUUUCUUAAGACAUCCAGUAUAGGCAAACUGUGCCUAUGAUAUGUUCAAGUACCCUAUACGUUUUUUUUACAUUAACUGUAUUUAAAAGUCGUCUUAGUUUUCACUCCCAUAUUUCUGUUCUGUUGAUUAUACUGUAAAGAACGUUUAACUAGGGAUCAAGUUCUGACUGAGCUGCCAUGAGCACUUAACAUUGUGUUUGCACCACAAGCUACGACGGUUUUGUGGAAGAAUUUGGACUGGCUGACAGUUGCUCCAUUGAGACAAAUCUUUUAAUGUUUCUGAAACCAGCUCGCCUCCCUCGAAUGGAAGUUGAACCAAACAAAGCCUAAGAAUUUCAGCAUUUAACUUACCACCAAAUAUGGUUUGAUUUACAAAUUGUUGCUUGAUUAUCACAUCCUGUUUAUUUCUUGGCAAACAAUUAGCCAAGUUUCCUGCCAUUUAUAAAUAAUGAACGAUUGUAUGUGGCCUGUUGUGUUAUGUCCAAUCUUACUAUUGAAUUGUUUUUACUUUUAUUUUCUACAAGUCGAAAAUCACUUGCCAUAAAAGGGAUAUUGUGAUAUAA